AUGCCUUUCGGUGGCUCUCCCAAGUGCCCUGUGUGCUCCAAGUCGGUCUAUCAUGCCGAGAAGGCCAUGGCUGCCGGUAAGGCGUACCACAAGGCCUGCCUCAAGUGCACCGAGUGCAACAAGCGCCUGGACUCGACGUCGAUCAACGAUCGUGAUGGCCAGAUCUACUGCAAGACAUGCUACGGUCGCAACUUUGGCGCUGUCGGCUACGGCUACGGCCAGGGUGCAGGCACCGCCAAGUUUGGCGGCACCGUCGCUGGCGGCGCAAAGGUGACCAAGGUCAACAAGUUUGGCGGCUCGCCCAAGUGCCCGCGCUGCGACAAGUCGGUCUACCCGGCCGAGAAGCAGCUGGGCCCGGGUGGCUCUUCGUACCACAAGGCCUGCUUCAAGUGCACCGAGUGCUCCAAGCGCGUCGACUCGGUCACCAUGGCGGUACAGAACGACGUCCUCUACUGCAAGACCUGCCACGGUAGCAAGUUUGGCCCCAAGGGCUUUGGCUACUCCACCUCGCAGGUCCUGUAGAGAUGAUGGCCCGCACCCAUGCAGCGAUCCAAUC